AUGGCAGAUACUGCUCUCCAAGAUGGCCCUGCGCCAAACACUCCCUCGUCUGGGGACCCAGGAGUGCCACCUUUAAGCGCUGGAUCUGCCGCCCCUUCCGCUCCAGGUCUGGAGGCCCGGGCGGACCUCCCAGUUGUUUCAGAGGAGUUGAAAGCUCGCUUAGAUAAAGUGAUCUAUUCGGAGAUCGGGGUGACGACUCUCCUGACUCGAUUGAAGCAAAGCGUUGCCUCUGCCAGAGACUUCGCCUCAUUCCUGAAAAAGAGAUCGAUCUUGGAAGAAGAGCAUGCUCAAGGCUUGAGGAAGGUGUCCCGUUCUCUGUAUGAUGCCGCACAUAAAUCAGAGAACCGCCAAGGCACCUACAGUUAUGGCUGCGUCGAGCUCAACGGUUUCCAUGACCGCAUGGCAGACCACGGGCUUCAGUUUGCAGCGUCUUUACACCAGAUGUCUGACAAUCUUACCGAACUUGCAGGGAACAUCGAGCGAGGGCGCAAGCAAUGGAAACAUGAAGGGCUGAGUGCAGAAAAGAAAGUCAUAGAUGCGGAGACCUUGGCGGAGAAGGCUAAGGCUAAAUACGACACCCUGGCAGAGCAGUAUGACCGGGUGAAAACCGGGGAGAAAGCAGGUGGAAAGUUUGGCUUUAAAGGCACCAAAUCCGUUGCUCAACAGGAAGAAGACCUACUGCGCAAGGUCCAAGGCGCGGAUUCUGAUUACGCGGCCAAGAUCCAGGCCGCCCAAGCAGCUCGUAAAGAGCUAAUUUCGACCCAUCGACCUCAGGCUGUACAUAAUAUCCAGCAAUUGAUCUCAGAAUGUGAUUCAGGGCUUGCUCUGCAAAUGCAAAAAUUCGGAACGUUCAAUGAGAAGUUGCUAUUGGGACAGGGCUUAUCCAUCAACCCAUUGAAAGAAGGAGGGGAGAGUGCUGGACCCAGGAGUCUUCGUGAAGUAAUACAGCAGAUCGACAACCAGAAAGACUACCAUGACUACGUUCUAAGUCACGAGUUCAACCCUGGCGCUGUGACUUCAGAGCAGGCUCAGUAUCAUCGUCACCCAACUCUUGGAGGAUCGACUGCAGCCCCAGCCCCUACCUCUCAGUCUAAUACACAAAACAAGCGGCAGUCUAUGGCGCUAGCAUUGCCUGCGUCUCAACCAGCUGCGUCUACGGAACCGCCUCAAAUACCAGUCCAGAUACCAUCGUCAGGCCCCUUAGAGAGCAACCAAUCCCCACAAUAUCCUCAAAACCCAGAUUCAUUCUCGGCUCCUCCGUUCCAGCCUCCGUACCCAACGUCGUCAGGGCCCCCGCCUGAGCAGCAAGUCAUGAACCAGGCGCCACCGCUAGCUCAGAAAGGACCAUACUCGUCUUCCGGCAACGGCUAUUCCUCAAAUGUGAACCUUCCUCCGCUGAAGCCAGUCUUUGGAGUCUCAUUGGAUGAGCUAUAUGCUCGUGAUGGAACCGCUGUUCCCAUGAUCGUGUAUCAGUGUUUCCAGGCGAUAGAGUUGUUCGGACUUGAUGUAGAGGGAAUCUACCGGCUCUCAGGCAGUGCGAAUCACAUUAGUCAGAUGAAAGCCCUUUUUGAUAACGACUCGUCUCAAGUCGACUAUACCAACCCCGAAAGCUUCCAUCAUGAUGUGAACAGUGUCGCAGGCGUAUUGAAACAAUUUUUUAGAGAUCUUCCAGACCCGCUCUUCACGUCAGCAGCAUAUUCGAGCUUCAUUGAAGCGGCCCGCGUUGACGAUGAUAUCCAACGGAGGGACUCACUCCACGCAAUAAUUAACGGCCUUCCAGAUGCACAUUACGCUACUUUAAGAGCUCUGGUUCUGCACUUGAAUAAAAUCCAAGAACACUACACUCAAAACCGCAUGAACGCAGGCAACAUCGCCAUUUGCUUUGGACCAACUCUGAUGGGUGCAAGUUCAGGUGGCAACAUUGCAGAUGCCGGCUGGCAGGUACGCGUGAUCGAAACUAUUCUCAUGAACACCUUCCAGAUAUUCGACGACGAUUAG